CCGGGAAAAAGCCGCGGCGGCGGCCUUGGCGCGGGGCACGCCGGGAGUAUCACGGAAGGGAGGUUCGCGGCGGCGGCGCCGACGGAGGAAGCGGGAAGCGGCCGUCUGUCGUUGCCUUAGCGGCGCUUAGUCGGGCGCCGGGCGCCUGGGCUCACUCGGGUGCGGUGUCCUUGCCGCGGCCAUGUACCAUAGCAGCACGCAGCGGCGGCGCUGGACCUUCCGCAGCGAAGAGGAGCUGGUCCGGCGCCGGGCCGACGCCAACCGCAAGUUCCGGUGCAAAGCGGUGGCCAAUAGGAAGGUAGGGCGCGGGCCUCCCAAACGCCGAGUCCUGCGUGUCAUUUGUAUUUGUUAUUUUGUUGUUGUUUAGUCGUGUCCGACUCUCUGUGACCCCAUGGACCAGAGCACGUAAGGCACUCCUGUCUUCCGCUGCCUCCUGCAGUUUGGUCAAACUCAUGCUGAUAGCUUCAAGAACACUGUCCAACCAUCUCGUCCUCUGUCGUCCCCUUCUCUUUGUGCCCUCCAUCUUUCCCAACAUCAGGGUCUUUUCCAGGGAGUCUUCUCUUCUCAUGAGGUGGCCAAAGUAUUGGAGCCUCAGCUUCACGAUCUGUCCUUCCGGUGAGCACUCAGGGCUGAUUUCCUUCAGAAUGGAGAGGUUUGAUCUUCUUGCAGUCCAUGGGACUCUCAAGAGUCUCCUCCAGCACCAUAGUUCAAAAGCACCAAUUCUUCGGCGAUCAGCCUUCUUUAUGGUCCAGCUCUCACUUCCAUACAUCACUACUGGGAAAACCAUAGCUUUAUCUAUACGGACCUUUGUUGGCAAGUUGAUGUGUCUGCUUUUUAAGAUGCUGUCUAGGUUUGUCAUUGCUUUUCUCCCAAGAAGCAGGUGUCUUUUAAUUUCGUGGCUGCUGUCACCAUCUGCAGUGAUCAUGGAGACCAAGAAAGUAAAAUUUCUCACUGCCUCCAUUUCUUUCCCUUCUGUUUGCCAGGAGGUGAUGGGCCCAGUGGCCAUGAUCUUCGUUUUUUUUGGUGUUGAGCUUCAGACCAUAUUUUGCGCUCUCCUCUUUCACCCUCAUUAAAAGGUUCUUUAAUUCUGAGUGCAACUCGUAACCUUUGUAUGUUGGUGGCGGCGGCUCUGAUUAGAGCCGUGGUUCCCAACGUGGGGCACACGACCCACAGGGGGGCAAUUUGAUUUUUAUGGGGGACAACUCGAUAAUGAGGUAUGAACAGUUAAUGGCCUUUUAGGCUUCCUCCCCUGAAUAGGAGUUCACUUUUUGAAUAAUAAGAAUUAUAUGUCACGGGGGCGGGGCGGCAAUCAGGAUUUGAAAGAUGCUUAGGUGGGGCAUGGCCCAAAAAAGGUUGGGAACCACUGGAUUAGCGUUAAGAUAAUUUUUGUUCCCCCGCAAGGUUCAACAGACCGACCCGUUUCUUCUUGAGCCGCAUGAAGAGUUGACCAUUUGUAAAUACUAUGAAAAAAGGCUACUGGAUUUCUGUUCUGUUUUCAAGCCAGCGAUGCCUAGAUCUGUGGUGGUGAGUUUCUAACAUUCUCUUGGAGAAAGCAGUAUUUGUUUUGUUUUUUAAGCUCUCUCUAAUUUUGUAAAAAUAUUUAUGAACAACACUUUUUAACCAGGCGUUUGGUUGAUUUGAUUGACAUCCUAUGCCCUUUUAAAAUGUGGUUCUUUGGGGGGGGGGUAUUUGUUUUUUAAAAAUCAUUAAUAUAUAUAUAUAUAUAUAUAUAUAUAUAUGGUGGUUUUAUAUUUUAAUUUUGUUCUGUAAACCACCCUGAGACCUCCGGGUAUAGGGCGGUAUAUAAAUUAUUUUUACACACACACACACACACACUUCAUUCUUCUCCACCCACUCCCCAUUUCCCCCCUAAACUUUCCCCACCUACUGUGGGGCCAUUCUUCCUGCAUCUAAAGUCCCUGAACUGUUAUUUGUCACCAAGUAAUGUUUAACAUUGUUUAUUUACACUAGACACAGGGAAACACUCCCUCCAGAUAUUCUUGUAUUGUAGUUCCCAUCAGCCCCAGUCAGCAUUGCCGCUGGUCAGGUAUGAUUGGAGUUGUAGUCCAGUAACAUCUGAAGGACUGCAUAUUUCCCACCCUUCAUUUAUAAUGCCCACGAUGCCCAUGCCUUCAUAACUGAGCAAUGCCUGUCUGCCUCUAGACACACAUAUUAAGGGGCAAAUAUGAGCAUUGUAAGGAAUUUUUUCACCUGGAUCGCCACUGAGAUGGUGCGAACAGGGAAAAACUUCCCUCAAGAUUUCAAUCAUGUUACUGGGGUUGCCAUAUAUACUUGCUAUUCCUGGCCAGACUUGUGUGUUAGAUAGAAUGCCUGCAAGGGAGGCACUUUCAAAAACAUCAGGUAGUGGGACCCAGCCUGCAAGGGACAGUGACACCUCCCUUGGAGUCUUGUUCUUGGAUUCCUAAGAGUAGGAGAAGCAAGUGCCAGAACUGAUAAGGGGAGCCGGUUGGAUUAGCCCUUCCACUGCUGAUAGAUGCUCAAACACCCAACGUUUCUGUAGUAAUAUUCAGAAUAUUGUUGCAAAUAGCUGGGAGAAGAAUGCAGCAACUCUGCUUGCCACAGCAACAAUUCAACUUUCCAUUCCAACUUUGUUCCCAUUGCAACAAAAGGAAAUGCUACUACGCUUCCUGCAGCAAAAGCCCAGGGAGGCAGCAUUGGAGAGGGGGAUAGGGAUCAGAAAAGCUGUCUUGUCAUUCACUUGAUCUCAACCGAAGGCCAUGUUUCAUUGCUGCCAGAAUCCAGUGAUGUGCACAAGCAAACAAAGUACCAACCCUGAAUAUUUGAAGAAUGUAGCACAUGUGAGGGCACUAUAAAAGUUGUGGGCGUUAUGACACUUGUGGAGACUUUCUCAGGAGUACUCUUCUUUUGAGUAGAAGAGGGGCAGGAACACUAAUGCAAACGAGUUUUUUGGAAGGGAAUUCUAGUGACUCUGUUCAAACUGCUCCUAAUAGCAUCUUGAGUUUUUAUAGACAUCAGGUAGAUUAGUCAGCACCCAGUGGCCUUUGUGUCUUCUGCUGCUUAUCCCCUGCUUCUGGCUCUUCUGAACUUGAAUUUUCUGCUGCUUAAAUACACAUUGGGUCAACCUGUGCACUACUUUGUUUUUCAGUUGACUUGCCCAGCAUAUCUUGUAUUUAUUUGAUCAUGAUGUGUUCUUUGUGGCAGCACAGAACCACAGCCAUGCUAUUUGCGUGAAUGAACUUUCUGAUUAUAGUUUCCUUUUAGGGAUCAGCUUGCAUGUACUUCAAGCGUUUUUACCUCAAUAACUCAGUGAUGGAGUAUCAUCCUCGGAUUAUUAUGUAAGUAAUGGAUACCCUUGUGGUUUAAUUAUUUUUCCCAAGCAGGAAUUCUAUUAUUUUGUCUAAGGAUAUUGUUGCCUUCACCAUUGUAAACUAUGUUUCAACAUUUCAGCCACUUAACAUUUACAGUUGUCAUGGACAGAAAAAAUCCCAUGAAAACAAGCUGAAUCCUACAAAGUAUUUUUCAAUCCCAAAAAUUUAGUUACUGCAUCACAUGAAAAAGCAGGACUGAAAUCCACUCUGGGGUGCACUUGCAGAAUUUACACAAAAGUAGAGCAGCAAUGUUUUUCUCCUAGUUUAUUAUCAUCUAAAUGAUAGUAAACAAUGUCCCCAAACUGAAUUUAUCAAAUGGGAUGAAUUUUUAUUUUUAUUUAUAUAUUUUUUAGUUUAGUUUAGGUAAAUGAAUCAGGGCAAAAACAGUCUCACUUUUUUCAUGCUAAAACUUGCACUGAGAAGCAGUUAAAUGCCUUUCUUCUGACACAUCACACAUAGCUUUAUUUGGGGACAUUUGACCACACAUUUUCCCCAAAGCUUUCUAUGCCAGAUUCUUUUAUUAAAAAAUAAUGUAUUGGGUUGGGGGGAAAAACUACAGGCUUUUCCAGCAAUAAGUAAUAUGGGGAAGCAGACUAAAGUUCUCUUCUGACAGAACCCACAUGGUUUUGUUUGAGACAUUCUAUUACCCCAGUAUACAGUGCAGGUCAGCUCGAGGUAAAACAACUGCCCCAUAAAACUGUCUCUGUCCACUUUUUUUCAUUGGAUAUUUGCUGAUAGUUUGCAAGUUCUAAAAGUUUUCUAAGGAUUUGGGGCUGGAUUUUAUAUUAGAGGGAGCUUUCUCUUGUGUCCUAGUAUUUAGGCGAGGCUGUUCAAAAUACUCCCUGUCUUCAUAUAUAAUGGUCUUACUUAGAACCAAAUGUGUUUGCUGUUUGUUUUUAAGGUUAACAUGUGCGUUCUUGGCAUGUAAAGUGGACGAAUUUAACGUGUCCAGUACACAGUUCGUGGGCAACCUUCGUGAAAGUGCAGUAGGACAGGAAAAGGCCCUGGAACAGAUCUUGGAAUAUGAGCUGCUACUUAUACAGCAGCUGAACUUCCACCUCAUAGUGCACAACCCUUACAGACCAUUUGAAGGCUUCUUGAUCGAUCUAAAGGUAAUCAUUUUGUUGCUUAACAAAUGUACCUUAGAUGGCAGUAACUAUUGUAAAAUGUUGAAGCAUUAAUAGUACCAAGCACUGUACUAGAGCAGAUUAGUUCUUAAGUAUCACAGCAUGCCUGUUUGAUGCUAAAAUACUUGAGCUAGAAAAAUGAACUCAGCAAUUCUGCAUAUUUUCUAGACUCGUUACCCGUUGCUUGAGAAUCCUGAGACACUGAGGAAGACUGCUGAUGACUUUCUCAAUCGGGUUGCUUUAACAGAUGCCUGCCUUCUUUAUACACCGUCUCAGAUUGCUCUCACUGCCAUCUUGUCCAGCGCAUCGAGGGCAGGAAUUAAUAUGGAAAGGUAGAGAAUAUUCCAAGCAUUGGACAUACAAAUUAAGUUAGUAGGUUUUUGUGCUAACGCUGCACAUCCUUCCAAAGCUGUAUCUGUGGUGGUGUUAAGACUUUGCGUCAACAUGGAUUAAGAGUUUAUUGUUCAAGAAUUGUCCACACAGAUUCAAACACUGGUGGCCAACCUGAUCAGCUGCUUAACCUAUAAAUGUGUGGCGGAGAGAAGAAAAAUAGCUCAUUAAAUCCUACCAUUUCACUAUUUAAAUUACUAUGUUGGGUCCCCCCCCUCAGCAAUAAAAGUUGUAUCAACUAAAUCACUCUGUGGAAUGAUGCAUUGCAGGGGUUUGGACUAGAUGGUCCUUGGGGUCCCUUCCAACUCUAUGAUUCUAUGUAUGUGAGUAUAGUGAAACGUUUCUUGUCUCUCCCCGCCCCCCGGUGCACCCACAAACCUGCUCUGGGGGUUCCCCCAACUCUGUCACACAGAGGGUGGUGCAGGGUGGGGGUAGAGGGGAACCUUCCCUGUCAAUUGUGGAAGCCAUUAUCUGCACACAAUGAUUUAGUUGCAUACAACCCUAAAUCUUUUGUUCCUUCAACUUGUCAUAUGUCAGCUGCCUAUAAAAUGGUUACUUUUACAGCUUUUUAAAACAUCUAUCUUACACUAUCAAAAGAAGCUCAUGUUUCCAGACUACUACUUCAUGUUAGAAUACUACUGUUUUGCUUUCGGAAGGUUAUCUUUGAUUCCUGGAGGGGUGUGGGUUUUUUUGAGAAUGAAAGAAAUUGCUGUAGAGAAUUCUAAUCAUUAAUUUAACUUUAGCAUUUUGACAUUGGCUUUGUAUUGUUACUCUUUAUAAUGUGUGCCAAGUUUUUGUUUUUUUAAUAUACUUUGAAAAAUUCCUUCCCAUCACCUAACAUUUAGCUAAAUGUCAUUCUCUUUAUGGGGUGUAUGUUAAUGUAAGUGUUCUUCAUAGAUGUUCACUUUUCUCUGCAUCCAAACAGUGGUACUGAGAUCUAAUUUCCACAAUCUUUUGACAGUUACUUGUCAGAAUGCUUAAUGCUGAAAGAGAACAAAGCUUCCCUCUCCCAGUUACUGGAUGGGAUGAAAUGUAAGUAAAGAUUCUGAGAAUGAGGUACCAUACACAUAUUUAUUUUAAAGUAUUCUUUAAAAGGAUGGAAGAGGCUUGCAGAAGCCUUUAUCCGUUUGAAAGAUUUAUUUUAUUUUAUUUACUUUUCUGAAUAAUUGGGACACAUAUUUAAACUUGUAUCCAACUGUUAAUAAAAAGGAACUUAAGUGGACAUUCUUGUCCCUUCUACUCCCCUAGAAAUUGUAUAAAGUGAUAGGAGAAAAGAAAUAUGGCUUAGUUCAGGGAUGUGAACUAGUGACUCUCCAUGUUGCUGGAAUAUGAGACUCAUUAUCCCUGAACAGUGACCAUGCUGGUUGGGGCUAAAUGUGAGUUGGAGUCCAAAAAAAUACGGAGAGCCAUUGUCUAUUAUUUUCUUAGCACAAUUGUAUCCCCUUUGCUUGUAAAACAGACUCUUAACUUCAAAGGAGGUUGCUGUAACCACCAAUCAGCUGAGUGUUGGGUUACAGCAACAUCCUUUGAAGACUCAUUCCCAUUGCCAAUCAGCAAUCUUCACUGUUUCAUCCUUCUCCCUUGAGCCUCUAAAAUCUGCUCUAGGGGGUUUGGGGAUUCCCUAGAACAACUUGAGUGCUGGCACAGGGAUGGGAGAAUGUGCAAAAAUUAUCUCCAUCCACAUUCCAUUUAUGGAAGCCCCUCUGGAUCAAAGAGCCUGUCUUGAAUGGAGAUAGUGAUGGAUGCCAUUCAAUGUCUUCUAGGUCAAAUGAGACCAGAAUUUUCAGCAAAGCAAGGGGAAUGUUUCAAAUGAAGAACAAAACUUGGUAGCUGUCUUUAGCAUAAGCAAGUAAAAGGGGAUAUUUGAUAACUUCUUCUGCCUUUGACGGUGUUCAUAGCCUCUAACCUGUAGUCCAGGGCACAUAAAAAUGUGUAUUCAGUCUUUCAGUAGACUGGUGCUUGCAAGACUGUCCUUGAUACUGCUUUUAUGCUUGCAUCAAACACAACACAGCCUUCAGUUGAUCUGUAUUUUGAAGACUUGAUAUGCAAAAUGUGCCUGCGUCUGAAGGUUUCCCUGGGACAGUAGUGCUAACACUGCAUUAUCCAUUAGCCUCCAGGAAAUAAAAAAAACAACCCAUAAUGUGAACAACUAGUUUAGUAGAGUUCUUUACUUCACACUUUUGCUGUGUCUUGACAUUCCUUAGCAUAAAUCCUCUGAUAUAAGAUGACAGCUAAGAGUCUUACAAAUGUAAUCUGAGCUUCUGUAAAGGGGAAAAUAGUGUUAUGUGGCAAAUUUAAGCUAAGACUUUGUCUGUGGAACUUAUUUCAAAGCAAUCUGGAGCACAUCUCAAUUGUCUUUAACACUUGUUCUACAAGAGGCCUUGGUUUUCAUAGAAAAUCUGCAAAGUAUUUUGCGCUGUAGUCUAGCUUCUUGAGAGCUGGGUGUACUUUUUGUUAGAAUGCCCCCUCCCCAGACACACCUUCGCACAAUUAAUCCUGUGUGUUCAUGGCCACAACUGGUCAAAAUAUAGUAUAGCUUGGCUAAAGUGUUCCUCAGCUUCAUGUACAACUCACAGCAAUUAGAUCAUAUUUAGACAGGCACACAACAUUCCCUUACAUACACACACAAAGCUUUAUAGCCAGGUCUGUAGAAUCAAAACUAGUUGGAAUGUGCCAUAUCUAAUUGGUUGGGUUUGAGUGGGAAGAUGAGAGUGUGAUAAGGCUACCUAUAUUACUAGAAUUCUUUUGGAUCUACUUUUGAUAAUGUACAUAUCUUAUUGGGGUUCAGAUGAAUUGGUAUAUAGUACACUUAAUUAAAGCAUUUUGAAAGUGUUUUAUUGCUCCUUUGUAGGCAUGAAAAAUCUGGUAAAGAAAUAUGAGCUACCGCAUCCAGAAGGAGUUGCUCUUCUAAAACAGAAGUUAGAGAAAUGUCACAGCCCAGAACUUGCUCUUAAUACGAAUGUGUAAGUAACAAUUUAAAGCUACAUCGUACCUCAGUGCUAGCUUUCCUAAAAAUGAUUAUGACAGCAUAUAUUCUAUGAGGACCAAUAAGCUAAUUUUGAAAAGUUUGAUUACCAGGAAAUGCUGUGCAAAUGUUAUGAUAUGAUCUUACUUUACCAGCGAUUUGAAGCCAGGGUCUGUUCCAGUCAUUGGUCAAUAAUUUCUUCUCAGACAAGUAUUCACUUGGAUUCAAAGAAAUGUGGGUGAAAGGGGGGGAAGUAGCAAUAGAAAAAAUAAAUAAAGCUGUUCCACAAGCUCUUUAGGAAGCUAUCAGACAACUUCUUGCAAUGUAUUGGGGGCUGGAUUGCAGUAUAGUAGACUGCAAAUAGCAUAUAAAUUUCAGUUGAACAAAGUAUUGAAAGCGUUUGUGCAAAGUCUUACAUAAAUAGAACUUCACUGGAUUUGGCGUUAUUCAUGCAGCACUCUUCCACUGGAUCUAGGUUAGCACAUCUGUGAGUGGAAGAGCACCUGUUUGGAUAAUAGCUAUAGCUAUUGCCCAUACCUGAAGUUCACUUCAUCAUAAGUUACAACAUAUAUCCAUGGGUGUGGAAAACAAAUGUGAACCCACGAGGUCAGUGGGAAAUGAAAGGGGGGAAGAGCCUGCAAUGAUUAUGCUAAAGUUCAGUUGUAUUCACUGUGUUUGUUUUCCAUAACGUAAGCUUUAACGUAACUGUCACGAAUGUGGCAUACUGAACAUUUUUCAUCUGACCUCACUGUUGAGAAUUUUAUUCUACAGCAUAUGGAUAUAUAUGAAACAACUGAAGAUAAUCUGUUUAAGAGGCUGCCACACUUGGUUCUUGUAAAAGAGUGUUGUAUCAAUAGCUCUAAGGAGCCUCUAGUGCUGAAUAGUCAGUUCACUUCAAAUACCAAUAAAAGGUUUCAAUCGUUUAUUUGAUGUCAUACCAAUUUCUCCAAUAUAAAAUAUGAAGUUGAAGAAAAGAUCUUAUUGGAACUGGAACAUACUGUCUAAUAUUAGUAUUAUGGGGUUGGUUUUAGAAAGAAGAGAAAAGGUUAUGAAGAUGAAGACUACGUAACAAAGAAACCUAAAAUGGAGGAGGUUAGUGGAUUUGUGUACUUUUGAGUAACUGGAUAAAUCUGUAUAUAUUUGAGAACAGAAAACAUAGUUCUAUAUGCAAAUUUAUGUGCAAUUGUCACAACAUGCAUCUUCUUGGAAAUCUGCUGCCUUAAAAUAAUGCCAAUUAACAGGGAGCACACUUUAAUCUAUUUUAAAAUUAUUAUGAUAAUCUAACCAAUUAACUGGCAGAAUCUUCUAGAUGUACUUUUAUUCCCCUUAUCCACAGUUGGCCAAAUUCAGUUACCUGCUUUGCUGGUUGCAGAAGUUCAUAGGAAUCGUAGUAAAGAUUGUAUCACUGACAGAGUUGAUAAGUAGCCUUGGUGGUUCGUCAGUACUACUGUACUUCCUUGACCGCAACACAGCACUGUACUGAUAGUGCUGUUUAAGACUUAGGAUCUUAUAAGAUUUAUUUGGUUCAUGGGCACAAUAAAGGGUGAUGCAGAAAUGUUUCACUAACCUCUAACCUGUCAAAUGCAGUGAUCAAGGUUUGUGGUAAUUUGUGGAAGUCACUGCUUACAUUACAGCAAACAGUAUAUUUUCAUAGGAUUGGGCUGGGUUUGUUUUUUUAAAAAGUACAUAAUCUUACAUCAUCUGCUAUUCAUACAACAGGCAGCUGAAUGUUUCAGGAGUCACCAGAUAACUCUAAACUAGGUUGCUACUUUCUUCUAAACAUUGUUUAUAUUUGUUUUCUGCCUUACAUCAAACAGGACCUUAAUCCUCAAUAAGGGCAAGCAUAGAAGCUGAGAUUGUAUAUUUGUAAUUUUGCAGUUGUAAAUUUUCCCAUCAGCCAUACCUGAUUCAUAGAAGAUGUGCAAAAAAACAAAAAACAAAACCCACCCCAACAAGUUGAAAGAUUGGAUUUCCUUUUUCUUUCGUUUAGGAUGAAUGGACAGAUGAUGAUUUCAUAGACUGACUGGAUGUCUCCACUGAUGAAAUCCUGAAUACUUAAAUGGAACUUUAAUGCUUGAGAACAUGUUGUACAUUCCACUACUGCAGUGAAAAAGAUAUGACUAAUGUAAAUAAAGCAGUUAUUUUACAGUGUGAGUGGAAUAUUUGAAAUGGUAUUGCUAAAAACUGUCACUGUUCUUUUGGAUUUUAAUUGGCUGUAACAUGUUUUCUGGUAGCGUGUUUUGGAUACCAGCCAAAAGCUUAAAAGCAAUGUCAAAAUAUCUAAAAUAUAAGCACCACAUAUUCAUAGGUAUUACUUGAGAUACAUUGGAAUUUUUUUGAAAUGCACUAGUUUCUGAUAUUUGUGGUGAUGAGGAAAACAAACUUUCAGGUGGCAAUAGUUUAUCCUUGGGGCUCAGCCUUUGGCAGAAAAGAACAUCAGAGGACAGUAGAGUACUUGCUUCAUGGGUUCCUCCUGCUAGUGUUGUUUUCGCAUUGUAUGCAACAGGCUUAACCCCUGAAGAGGCUUAGGUUAGGUUGGGGGAUCUUAUUCUAGCCUCUUCCUUUCCACACACACACACAAACACCUUUAUCGUUCAUACUUACAAGCACUGAGACUGGAUCAGAACUGAUCACUGACCAAACAAAAAAUUGGAAAAUACAGGCAAGACAAAUUGUUUUCUAAUCACCUAGAGGCACUGUAUUUUUCUUCUUUGGAAAUAUCCAAAUAUUGAAUCACUAGGCAGAAAAAGCAGCCAGAUGUAUGCUAUAAAACUGUUUAAUAAUGCAUGCAUGCCUAAUACAAUGAUCAAUAAAUUUACUGAGUUCAAAUUAUUUACUGUUGUAAACAUUUUUUAAAAAGCAUCAUGAUUUAUCUGGAUAUACAGUCCUUGAUGGAAAAUUAUUCAAAACAAUGUGGCACAUUAAAAAAAAAAAGCUGACAAAAUCCAGUCUGCAUAUUCUUUCAGCACAACUCUAAACGAGAGAAAUAGAAUGGUAUAAAAAGUGUACAGCAAAGAUUUCCUAUCAAACUCUGGAAGCUGUAAAUACAAAUUAAAGUGUUUGAACAGUCCUAAUAUAGUUGUAACCAAUCAAAUUACAGUAAGACGUGUGUUCUAUCCAGUUAUACUUUGCUGUCAAAACAUUUCCUUGGCAGUUGACUCUAAUUUUAUCCAAAACAGCAAGACUUUGGCAAUUGGAGGUGUUGAAAUAACUUUAAAGUUCAAAGAGACAGUCACAGUAUUUUCUUUGUGGAAGGUGAUCUGUACACCAAGGCUCAGAGGUUGUGAAAAUUGGUUCCAAGUGGAAGAAAGUGCAAGUGUCCUGCACACAUAGCUUAAAGCUGUUGUUAUGGUCAGUCACCAACAGGUUCUUUGUUUUGUUUUUUGCAUAGUUCACACAUCACUGGAAAUGUGAAAUGUGUGUGCUAUUUUUGGCAAGAGCAAAAAAGGAAGUGAUAUUGGUGAAAGUUGUCAUGUUGGACAUGCUGGAACAUGCAGAAAGCUGCUACCUGAUGCUGUUAGACACUGAAUACUGAUUUUGCUUUUGUUGAAGAAGUUCUGUAAUUGCCAGCAGCUUCUUUAGCACAUGCUGUUUUAAAAAAGGAGAUAAUUAGCUCAGCGGCAAAGUUUUUCUGUAUGAUUUAAAAUAACUAUACUUGUUCCCGAUUGGUUCAUAGCUUUUCUUGAAAUGUAAACUUAUUUUAUUUCCCCCCUUUGUCCUUAGGAUUUCCUUUCCAUAGAUGCAAUUCAUAAGUCCUGUAGCCCAGCUGAAUAGCUAAAUACGUUAAUAGUUAUAGUUACUGAAUAGUAAAUAUGUUAAUUUUACCAUGCUGGAAUUGACUCUACAGCUUUUAAUGAAUCCAAGGAAAACAAAUUACUGUUUGCUAUUAUGUAAAUAUUUAAAUAAGUAGGUCAGGCAGCGUAACUUAUGCAUAAAUAAUAAUUGGAAUAAUUGCACUCAAAAUGCACCACCACUGCAAAUACUUUUCUACUAAACUGUUUCAAAGUAG